UUUUUUUAGCAGCAUAGCGUGCUCUGUGUACAAAUGAACUUAAAGUAUUCUAGCAAAUGGCUACAAUGUAUCUAAAAAAUGUAAGAGUUUCUGAAUACUUUCUGUACCCACUGUAUGUGCCCUGCUAUUAGGCUGGCAGCCAGUUUAGGGUGUACCCUGCCUCCUGCCCCUUGUUAGCGGUGAUGGGCUUCCCUCAUGCUGUUAAAGCGGUGUGGAAAAAUCAAUUGAUUUUUUUUUUUUUUUUCUUCAACUUUUCUGUAAAUCCCCAAAUUUUCCUCUUGCUGUCCAUAUUUUUUAGGGGUGACAAUACCCCCAAACAGUGGUGUCAUUUCCUGGUUAUGACAAUUUUCUUUUUGAGAAAUGUUUCUGAGAAGGGAACAGAGGGGCUGAUUCUUCACAUUAUUAUGAUUCUUAUUCAUCUUGUGUUCCUCUUUCAACACUUCUUGAUAAGUUCACUCUUUUGGAGUACGUGUUCUUGGAAAAUUAAGAUUCAAAAAGUGAAACUCGAAACCUUAUGAGAGAGAAAGAUAUAGGUGCUGGCGUCUCCUGUUGCAAUUGUCCUAAAAACAAGACUAAGACUCAAAUAAUUGCUUGCUUUGAUUGUUGAGCUGAGUUUUCGUGUGACUUAAAUGUGCAUUUUCCUCACAUUUAGAUUGAAUUAUAAAACGUAAGAUGAGGCAAAUUCAGUUCCAGCAGUUGCACUGUACUGUUUUUGCUUAUGAGGCAACUUUGCUUUCCCGAAUUGCACAAAUUGCAUGAUCACACUGACAAUUAGUCAAACCACCCUUUUCGCGUGUCCCCUGAGGGUGAACCUAGAACUACAUGAAAAACUGUGAUCAGUUUCACUCAACAGUAUUUAAGUCUUGUCAGAAAAAUGACUAUAUCAUAGUGUUAAAAUUGAAAGGGAAAAAUGGGGGGGGGGGGGCUUGUUUAGCGCCUGGAUGGAUGGUUGACGUAAAUAAGAUGUGCCAUAUGGUUCCUCUAAUAUGCGGUGUGAAUAUCAAAAAAGUUUUUGUCAUACAGUACUAAAAAUUAACAUGAGAAACUGGCACUAUUGUGACCUAUAACCUGUACAACUCAAUAUUUUUAUCUUUGAGAGAGUAAAAAUAUACUGCAAUAGCAAUAAUGUGGUUGCUUAUGUUUGCACACCCUCAUAUAACCAGGAUGUGCUUGUGUUCAAAAUCAAACACGUUUUCCCACAUGUUCAGGGGAUUUUGUUUUGGUCCAAUGAAACCAAUGUUGAACGUUUAAAUCCAAGCUGGUGUUUUUUGGAGGGUGGUGUGUGUGUGUGGGGGGAGGUGGUGCGGACACAAACACAACACUGCUCACGAUACCCAAAGAACACAAUACUUUGAGUGAAGCGAAAGGGUUGGCAUUAUCAUUCUCUACGGCUGUUUUUCUUGAACUGGUACUGGGUACUUGGACGAGGUGGAAGGAGUUAUGAACAAGUUCAACUACUGUAGCGGUUUGUGUUAUCCCAAAACCUUCUAGAACAGCAGAAAUUAAUUUGGGGUGAUUCAGAGGCAGUGUAAAAGGUUGCUUAUGUGUGCAAAAUCCCGUUUAACACAAGUUUAAAUGUGACGGUCACAUCCCAGUAAUCAGAUUGUGCAACUAUAUGGUCAGUUGCUCUGCCCUCAGCAGUCAGAAGGGAGUGCCAGCCCGGCCCACAAAAAUGAGCUGUCAUCUGAGCUUGGGAAAGUAAAUGAACAGAAUCUCAUGGGUGGGCCUGAGGACUGAAAGGGGUGUCCCUAACAAUGCCAAAAGGAGGUUCUCUUAAACAUGAAAGUGGAGAAAGUAUAAGAAUAAGAAGGGAAGAAUUACGGUGGUUGGUUUUAGCUAUGUUUCAUACUGUAAUUGUCUGCAAAGCACUUGCAAACAAGUAUUAAAAAAGUGGAAGUUUGCUUUCUGAUUCAAAAUUUCUUUAAGUCCAUGGUGGUGUGCUAGUACACUUGGCUGCCUUUUGGAGAAGGCAGGGUGGGUUCAGUUCAGUUCACCCUCAGUUUCCGUGUUAAUGGUUAUCUGGCCUGCGAUUGACUGAAGACCUGUUCAGGAUAAGCGCUAUUGACAAUUGGCUGGAUCAAUUUAUCUUUUCUUUCCUUCUUUUUUAUCAUCACCUCCUGAAAACGGAGACUUGGAGUGAUUCGAGUCCCCAUCCCUGGUAGUUACUCAGAUGCACUAUUCAUAUUUCAAAUGAUGUCAAAUGUUUCUUUGAUAGAUGCAUGUUGUUGUUUUUUUAACAGCAACAGUAUUCACUUUUUUUGUACAUACGAUGGACAUUUUAAUUGUGUUAAGAGACUUGUUUCUUUAUUUGUUUUACAAUUUUUUUUUUGUUGGGGGGGGCUUUGUCAUUGUUCAAUGUCAUUGUCUUCCCCCCGCCCCACACUACAGGAAAAAGCACAAGGCCACCUCACCCCCUGCAUUGAAGCCACAGCAGCGUGAACCCACGCGUGACCGUUUGGUCGUGGUGACGCUGCCUAUGUUUACAUAUCAAUACUGCAUGUUGUUUUUCUCAAGUGUAGGAACACACAGUCAGCAAAGUAUGUGUUUGGAGGGGUGGGGGGGGGGGCAAUGUUUCCCAACUGUCUGUGGCAAAGCAAAGAAGCACCUCAUCGAAUGCUCUCUGUGUAUUAGCAAGUAAUUACAUGUUAACGCCAUCAAGUCCAUGCUGAUGCAAAGUAACAGAUGUCAAACGGGUCACUAAUUUACAGUGGCUUUGACUCUCCUGCUUACAAACAUAUACUGCACCUACGUACCAUGUUAUGGUACAAAAAGAAGGAGGUGUGGGUAUGAUUGUCUGAAAGGAAAGUGGUCCAAGUAUGGUUCCCCUACCUAGCAUAAUAUGUUCCUAACUCUUUACGUUCCCUGGUGCAGUAAUCAAGAAGCAGAUUGCAAAGAGGUAAGGGACAAGAAAUAACGUAGUGAAUAUCUUGACAGGCUUUUGACAAUUUUAGCCCCAUUUAUUGGCUGUUUUUUAGCCUCAGGUCCAUAAGAUAUUAUAUAUUGAUAUUAUAAAUAAAGAUUGUAUUUUUGUAAAAGAUGUUAUUAAAAACUGUUUUGUGUUGGUCAGUCAGAGUGGUGCUAUGGACAGUUUUUUCCCAUCAUCCAUGGAGCUGUGAACAAGUAAUGAACAUUUUUUUUUUCCAUCAAGAGGAGACCCCAAAUAACAAAAUGUCAAGGGUGGGGGGAGGAUGGUCAUUGCCCCCUUUGCCUCCUUUACACGCCACUAAGCUGCAACUGCUGCAGACCCUCAAGCCAGAAUCCUCGGCAUCUGAGAGGCUGCAGUAAAGUUUCCAGCCAGGUGAACGGCAGCGGCCUUGGUGGGUGUGGUGUCGUGUACGCAGUCUCUCUGCACGUCUCGCUGCAUAUAGGGUGGACACAAACUCGUGAGACAGCCCCCCCCCCCUUCCUGGCGCAGCACGAAAAGGCAGCAGCGCAGAGCAGCAAACGGGCCGCGACCGGCGCUGACAAAUAAGAGAUCAUCAGCAGGAAGCCUCACUCCUUUCAAGCCUGGAGGAUGAAUUUCAAGAACCUGAGGGAGUACCUGGCCUGGUUGUACUACCAGUACCUUCUGAUCACCGGCAUCUACGUGCUGGAGCCUUGGGAGAAGUCCAUCUUCAACUGGGUCCUGUUCUCGGCUGUCGCCAUGGCGAUCUACACCUCCUACGUCUUCGUGCCCAUCCACGUGCGCCUGGCGCUGGAAUUCUUCAGCGGCGGACAGCCGGAGAGCCUCGUGGCCCUCAUGAACUGAGAUGGAAUCCAAGUCCCUCCGCAGGCAUCGAUUGAUUCAUUUAAGAAUGAAGUGUGGAAUUGAUUAUCAAUCAAUCGUUAUUUUGAAGUGAGCGUGACAAAAACGGAAUCGGAUGGUUUGAUUCGCGUUCAACUAGUUUUGCUGUGUAAAGAAGUGCAACUUGACCGCCACAGAGAGUUGAGCUACGUCUACACUAUGGCGAGUCUUGAUUGUGCUCGAUAAAGCGUGGCCGGAGAAACAGAACUUCAAAAACGGGUCCAAAUGUUCAUCCAUCAAUUUCUCAAUCAAUGAAAUUGAAUCAAAUGCCCACCCCUUCCUUAAAGAUGUCCACCCUCUGAGCCAGUUACGAUGCAAAUGACAUUUCCAUUGCCCCCAAACAGUGUUAGAUUCUCAACGGUUUUGCUUUUGACGAUCCGGCGAGAGCAGAUUCGCAUUUUCCUCUCACCACAAAAUCCCUGUUCUGCACUAAAAAUGAGUUUCCAGUUUUGUUUUUUUUUGAAUGCCAGUUUCAGUAGAUCCUGACGUGACGGCUCCACAACGUUCAGUUUGUGAUUUACUAGUCCUGCCUAGUCUGGAUUGGUUCUUCUAGCCGUUUCUCUGCAUCUCUAUGUAAUACAGUAAUUAGCAAGAGAUCCUACUGGAAAUAGCAAAAAAUAAAAAUAAAAAACUGACACCCCCCCCAAAAGUUUAGAAUAGCCAAUAUUUAAUUAAAACCAUGAACAAAAACUAUAAUCGGAAAACAAGGUAAUAUUUGAAUCUCAUCUUACCAAAUUACCCUUUAAUGUGAAUAUAUCAUCAAUGGUUUUAUUUAUAAAAAUGCGUGACAGACUCUCCGCAACAACCCAGGCAAAAAUGAUCUCCUCCGGGACACAUGAUGCAAGUUGUGAUGUAUCACUUCAACAUACUUCCUUGGACCAAUGGACCUUUCCGAUGGCGAUCUUAAGCUCUGCCCCCUUAGCCAUGUCCCACAAGCUUUGAAAAUGGCGAUUGAACAGAACAUGUUUGAAGUCGAUUCUCUAUCGCGUAUUCCAGAUACAAUUGGGGUAUGUUUUUGUCCAAGAUUGUCCAAGAGAGUUCUACAGAGAGAUCUCAAAUAUUUCACGCUAAGGAUAUGUACACGGAAUUAAGAUUUUGGACGGAGGAGGACGCAAUGUCAGAGUUACAGCAAAAUGUUGGCGAUCGAAGCAAAAAAGUUUGACACCUCGCAGACAGCCUUACGCUACUGACAACCGGCAUUGUCAAGACAAGGGUUAAGACAAUGCGGCUAUCUGAUUAGCUAUUAUUGUACGAGUGAUUGACCGGUCGGAAAGGUCCAUUGCUGUACUGUGCUACUUUACUAAAUAGAAGGGUUUUGGCGCAAUCUUGUUGCAUCUUUUUGGGGUGGUCUAUCUCUGUUCAUUUACUGCAUUUUUACAUAGUCUUUGGUUAAUUGAAGACUCUAAAAUUGCCAUGGGUGUGUGGAUGAGUGUGCCAGUGGUCGCUUGUUCAUACGUGCCCUGCGAUUGGCUGGCAACCAGUUCAGGGCAUACCCCCCAUCUUGCCUGAAGAUAUUUGGAUUAGGCUCCAGUAUGCCUGCGACCCUCGUGAGGAUAAACUUUAGGAUAAAAUAAACGAGCAAGUGAACUUUUAAAAACGGAGAGAAGAGUGUCGUGAACGGAGAGAAGAGUGUCGUGAACAAACCUGCCCAAUUUGAACAUGAACGUUGACGGUUUGUCUGCUUCUGCUUCAUGCAGCAAUAUUCAGCACAACAAAUUUCGCGACGAGAGGCGCUAGCCGCUAGCUAGCUCGUGAACUAUCAGGCUUCCAUUGCUUUCUUGCCUAGGUAUUUAAAUAAGAUCAAGCUGCUCUGUAAAUAAUUGCGUUCAGGGAAGAUGCAUUUAUUUAUCUUGCUAUCUGCAAGCUCUAGUCGUAGACAUGGGCCUCGUAAUCUCGGAAUUCUGCUACAGAACCAUCGAUGAGGACGAAGGUGCUCAAGUUGUUACACUAAAUCAGGAAAACAAAGGAAGUGAAUGCUAUAUCUCCACAAUUCAGCAAUACCGUCCAUAGUUCUCUGUCUUUUCAUUGUUUUAAGCAACUAUGUUUAAACGUUAUCAUUUAUCUGUAAACAAAAGGCUUGACGAGGGCUUUUAAUAUUUCAUGCACUGCAAAGCUAUGCAAUGAAAAGAUAAAAGCUAUGCAAUGAAUCCCAAAUGUUUGCGUGAGCCGAGCCCAACCUCCAUCCUUGCAGUUUUUUAACUGCCGCUAUGCCGGGAAGGUGUGUUCCCCACUGAGUACCUGCAAAUAUUGAUACAGUCCAGCCCGCCCGGUCGUACGCGUCGGGCUCGGCUUUACUUCAUCUGCGGCCAACGAGCCCGAAUGGGAAAUGUUUUGUGCCGGCAAUGAGAAACAAAGUCUCGCUCAGCCUGUUGUUGGACUUUAGACCCGGGGUUGUCAAACCUUUGGGGUCCAGGAAAACUGUAACGCCAAAUAAGCAGAGCGUCGAUGCUAUACGAAUAAUAAAAAACAAAAAGUUUCCUGUUUUCGAUAAAGUUGUGAAUUUAUGUCAGCAAAUGUCAUUGUCACAAUAUUGCACAUUUUAUACUGAAAACAUUAUUCUCGCUCUUUUAAAAAAAAAACACCUACAUGUUUUCAGCACUGGUAUAACAAAAGAUAAACUGUGGUUCUUUAGUCACGUAAGAGCUGUCGUUCGGCAACUUUUUUGCUUUGAAUUGUCAGCAAACAUUUUGAAUACGAGCAUGGUGGCAGUGACCUCACUUCAACUUACGACACAAGCGACAUUUUGGGAGGUGGUGAACACUCAAAAGAGGCUUCAAGAUCUUUAUUGCCACUCCCAGUUGACGUUUAAUAUUAUCUGAACAUAAAAUGAAGAGAAUUACACAUUCUGUUUUCUAGUACCUUAUAAUGAACACUCCAAAAUGCCAUAAACGAGCUAACGAAAAUCAUAUUUUGUAGUGUUAGAACUCUUCAAGUAACUGACAUUUGGAACACAAUUGAUAAAUCAGCAAGACAAAUGGUAUGACAAUAAUCGCAGGCAUGUAUUCUUGAUCCUCUGCAAAGAUUGACUAAGUUUAGUACUGGUGUGACCGUCCAUGUAAAGUAUAUCUGUAAGUCUGCAUGACAGUACACUGUCCCCUGUUGGCCAUGGCACACACAUUAUCAGGGGGAAUCACAAUGUCGAUUGAAUUGAAACAAAAAAUAUAACAAAUUCUGUGAAAAUGUUUUUCAACUUUCUAGGUAAUUCCGUUUUUAGAAAUUGUAAUUUUAAAAAGUACUAGUUAAAACAUAGUAGUAUUUCCGUUAAAUGAUUUGAGUGUUUUGAGUUACGAGCAUUGUCGUGGAAAUGAAAAACAAGUACUUCAAGGCAACAUUGUAUAUAUCAUUACUGGAGCUUUUCCAACACGCCUCAUGUAUUCUUGAAAAAUGUGGGUUCUAACAAUGCCCUUUUUUAUGUACCCCAGUUUGAGAACCACUGCUAUGGACAACACAAUCGAGUGUGAUUUGGAAGCAGUUUAUCUACUUUCUACUCAUGCGCUGGCUUCUUUGAUUUUAUUCCCCUUUUAAGGGCUUGUUGUUUGCAUGCUAUUUAUAUAAAGUUCUAUAUUUAUAUACAUAUACUGUACCGGUAAAUGCUUGGCUGGUUUCAAUGUCAAUUACCACAGUUUUUUUUAAACAUGUAUUUAUAUCUGUUGCUUUCUUUUGCGGCCAUAAAACACACCACGCAGUUAGCUCCAA